GCGGACCGGAAGUUUAAGCCGUUGCUCCUGGUGAACGAAGUGAAUAUUGACGGCGUCACUUCAGACCAAAAUUAUUCCUCACCCCCGUUAGUUCCCCCCAGUCCCUCAGCCAUGGCGUUCAGCGCUAGUAUCGACGUUGAAGGUGCCACACAGCAUCUCCGGGAUAUCCUGAAGCUCGACCGUCCUGGUAACAAUACUGAUACAGAAGCAAGUGAUGGUCAAAGACGGUUGUCCUUUAAUGGAGAACUCAACGGGCUAUUGGGAACAGCAGGUCUUCUCGGAGGUGGUGAUAUGACAUCGGACUCGACCAGACCUAUUUCCGCAGUCAACAGCAUUGCUCAGGAUAUCCAGAUAAUUCGCCUUUCUGGAGAUGAUCAGUCUACCUGCAUCCCCAUCAUCUCGGACAGUGUGGAGAUUGUGGCGAGUCAGGAAUCGAGCAUUAACAGCAAGGCUCGAGGUAGUAACAUGGUGAAGAUUCAGCCUGUUGCCAAGUACGACUGGGAGCACAAGUAUCAUUAUGGCAGACUUAUUGCUGUGUCAAAUUCCUUCAUGGCAUAUGCAAUUAGAGGAGCCAACAACCAGGCUAUGAUACGCGUUUUGAGUGUGGGCUCUGCAGAGCGAUGCUUACUGAAAGGCUUCACUGGUGCCGUCACCGAUCUGGCUUUCGCCCACCUUGACUCGCCUCUCUUGGGUUGUGUCGAUGAAGCUGGCAACCUGAUGGUUUGGGAACUCACCUGCACCAGCAGUACAAUACUAGAUCAAAUAGUUGUUCACAUCCAAAGGCCACAGGACACUCCACUGAACUUGCAUCGGCGUCUCAUCUGGUGUCCUUUCAUUCCAGAUGAAAAUGAUGACAACCAAGAUGACACCAGCCAGACUUUGGCUCUUCUGCAUGAAGAUAGGGCUGAAGUGUGGGACCUUGAAAUCUUGAGGGCCAAUAAUGCAAGUUGGCCUGUUAAUAUCACAGAUUUGAAAGAAGGCCUCAUCACAGUGGAUGGAUAUAACCAGCGUGUCAGUGAAGGCGCCCUAUCUCCAGAUGGAACAGUGUUAGCCACAGCCAGUCAUGAUGGAUACAUAAAGUUCUGGCAGAUAUAUAUAGAAGGGGGCCAGGACAAGCCAAGAUGUCUACAUGAAUUGCGUCCUCAUGGUGGACAUCCCCUUUCCUGUUUACUCUUCUGUGACAACCACAAAAGGCAGGACCCUGAUGUUCCAUUCUGGAGGUUUCUUAUAACUGGAGCAGAUCAGAACCAAGAAUUAAAGAUGUGGUGCACUGUUUCAUGGACGUGUUUGCAGACUAUCAGAUUCUCUCCAGAUCCACUGAACAUGACAAUUCUGCCUAGUCUUAAGGCAAGUUUGGACCUGUCUGCUGAGUAUCUUGUCCUUUCUGACGUACAGAGGAAGGUUCUUUAUGUGAUGGAACUGAGACAAGAUCUGGGAAGAGGCAAGGCAUCUUUCACUGCCGUGUCUGAGUUUCUGCUGACCCAUCCUGUGCUUAGCUUUGGAGUUCAAGAUGUUGCCCAAAGCCGUUUGCGACACACUGAAGUUCUUCCUGCAGAGGAGGAGAGUGAGAGCACAACAACAGAGGGCACUCAAGGGCCCACAGAGUCCAAAUCUGGCAUCCAGAUUAAACUGUUCUGUGUUCAUACCAAGAGUUUACAGGAUGUCCAGAUCUGGUUCCAACCUAAUGUGGAUUCCAACGCUACUAGUCUGCCCCUUUCGAAUCCUCCAGAUGGUUUCGGGUUUUCAGCCCAUCUCACAGACCAGAAUUCUGACAAGGACUCAGGGAGUGGAUCCCAGACAGACCUAAGGAACAUCUCAUCACUUCCUGCACCUACUGACUUCCUGUCAAACACAACCAAUGGCAAUGAGCAAAUGCCAAAAUUGAUGACUCCUGAUGCCUUCAUGACACUAAACACUUCGGUGCCUACAUCUCCUGGCAGUAGUGCCAGCAGUCUGACAAUUGUGACAGCAAUCAGCGACUCAACCAAUAGAACUUCUGAUGACAUUAGUCAGAGCCCCAACCGUGCAGAUAACAGUUUGUCACUUCCGGUUUCUAGUAGCAGUCCAAGACCUGCUUCUACUGCUUCAACUGUCCUGCGAGGACUGGAAGGCAUUCAGACACUGGCAUCCCCUAGUGCUCCAAUUGCGCUUGACAGCCCUCAGCUUCUUGAUUCUCCACUCAUGGCACCCCUUGCCUCCCCAACAAGGGCCCGCUCCCCUGAUGUUAUCUCCUCAGCGUCUACAGUCAUGUCCCAGGACAUUCCAGAGAUUGCAUCCCAGACCCUGCAGCUCCAGCGUGGUCUUGUGUCCACUUUGGAUUCUUUACCUCUGUCUGCUCUUCAAACUGAUAGUAUGGCCUCUGCUGCUUCUGCCCUUCACUUGCUCACUUCACCACGAUCAGCCAACAACAGCCUAUUGCCCCUUGAGCUUGGAUGUGUCGAUGGGCCUGUUGGAGGGUCUCUAGAGUUGGAGCCCAGACUUAGCCAAACACCAUCUCUCCUGGAGAACGCUUUAUCUCAGGAUAAUCCUGGGUUAGCAGGAGGGUCUACAGAGAACAGCAUUAGCCACACCUCUUGGCCAGCUGCUCCAGACAUCACCAGGGAAACAAGGAAUAGAGAAAAUAGUCUUGGAGACUGCUCAAGGGAUGAUUCAAACGACAGACUCCUGAGUUCACCCUAUGCAUGUCGGUCCUAUUGCCUCUCACAGAACGACAGUCAGGAUCCUGGUGCUGAGCAGAGUGACCAUGAGGAUGAAGUUGCUGGUUCAGCAUCAUCUUCUGCAAAUUGUGCCACACGUUCCUCUCACAGAAUACCUGUUAAAGACUGGAAAACCUCACCCAGAAGCUCACCAAAGCUGAAGAAAAAGACCAAAAAAGAUGAGAGUGACUCACCUCAGUUGAGACAGUUGGACUCUAGUCAGAUGAAUACAGAUGUGCAGCAAGAGUUAGUAAUGUUUCUCCGAGGACAACAAAGAGAGUUAACUGAACUACGUGGACAAAUUGAAGCCAUGCAGAGCUCCAUCAUAGCCCGAGUAGAACGUGCGCUGACCAGCCAUCAGGAACAAGAACAGUGCAGACUAGAGCGGGUUCUAGCAGAGACUCGGACUCAGCAACACCAUCAGGAACAACUCAGCCAGCAGCUGAGCCACACCCUUUGCAAUUCCCUAACAACCAGAAUGGACAAAGUGCUUCGAGAGGAGAUGAAGAAAACUGUUCCUCCAACAAUUUCAAAGAGUCUGGAGCCAGUGACAUCUCAUCUAAGCAACACCAUUUCUUCGAAACUGACCUCGGUAGAGGUUACCCUGAAGGACAAUGUUAUCAAGAUGGUCAAAUCCAAGAACACAACAGAUGCAAUUGGCCGAGCCGCAGCAGAGGCAAUGCAGGGUCCUAUCCAGGCUGCCUACAAAGAUGCCUUCCAGGGCAUUGUGCUGCCUGUUUUUGAGAGAGGCUGCCAGACCAUGUUUCAGCAAAUUAAUGAAAGUUUCAAGCAAGGAACACAUGAAUACAUACAGCAGCUCGAGGUCCAUGCAAAGAACAAAAAGCAGAGAGAGCAGGAAACACGAGACCCCACGAUUGACCAACUGCAACAUAUGAUAGACACCUUCCAAAGUUCCACCGAUCAACUGGCCAAUAGCGUGACAGCUAACAUCCGGGCUGAGAUCCAACAUCAGAUCCAGAUGAUGGUGGGAAAUUUGCAGGAGUCAAUUCUUAGUCAUGUACAGCGCAUUAUCAAAGGAGAGGUGAGCCUGGCAAUGAAGGAGCAGCAGGCAGUGGUCACCUCCAGCAUAGUGCAAGCAAUGAGGUCUGCAGCAGGGACCCCCGUCCCUACUGCACAUCUAGACUACCAGACGCAGCAAGCUAACAUCCUACAGCUUCUUCAGCAGGGACAACUCAACCAGGCUUUCCAGCAGGCUCUGUCAGCAACAGAUCUGAACUUGGUCUUGUACGUGUGCGAGACCAUCGACUCCCAGCAGGUGUUUGGACAACAGCCGUGCCCUCUUAGCCAGCCUGUGCUGCUGUCACUCAUACAGCAGCUCUCAUCCAACCUCAACACUCGCUCAGAGCUCAAAAUCAGCUAUUUGGAGGACGCAUUGAUGAACCUGGACCACGGUGAUCCUCGAACACGAGAUCACAUGGCCUCCGUGCUGACCCAAGUCAGACCAAAGCUCUUCGCAUUCAUCCAGCAGGACCCCCACAACCCUCUUACCAAGAGAGCGCGACGCCUCAUGAUGAUGCUCCAAGGACUUGUCAACCACUAGUUUAUUUCAAAUCUCAUUUUGAAGAUUUUUUUUUUUUUUUAAACAAAUGAUGUCGAGUCAGUUUUUGGAUGAGUAUAGAGAACUUGAUUCUUUGUAAUAUUCAAGGACAACUUCAGUCCACUAACUUUUUAUUUUCUUGGUGAGAAGGCAGUUGAUAGUGUUACCGCUGCGCCUGGGAGAUAGAGGCUGACAACGGUGGAGCGUAGAAGUAACACAGAGGUACUACUAGUCGCUGGGACUGAUGACUUUUGAGUUUAGGAAGGUUACUACCACUAUUUGUCUUCCCAUUCUUUCAACCCUCGUCGAAGCCAUGUAUCAAAUGUGGGAACAAAUCCCCCCCCAUCCAGUGCAAAUCAAUAGGCUCGUUUGAAUGAUUGUGAAGGAUCACUUUCUAAAAAGAUUUAUUUUUUUAGUUUUCCAGAUCUUCUCCCAGGUUGCCAUUGAAGACAGAGUGUUUUGUAACUCCUUCAUGCAAGCGUGCAUAAGACCUAAAGAAUGUUCAUCUCUGUGGCCUGAUGUCGCCAAACCGUUGAGUUUUUUUCACUUUUAGGUUCCUCAAGCCAAACAGUCUGGAAUAGUUCAGGAGUUGACAUCUUUAGUGUUUAUUAUUAUUAUUAUUUUUUUUUUUUACUAAGCUCAUGUCAAACAAUUUGACUUUUUUCCCGGUGUAGACUCAACUGAGCCAGGUUGUUUCCUUGAAGAUUUUACUUUCAUCUUUUGUAACAAUAUUGAAAAAGAUAAAAUGCUUUAUUAAAACUGGCCUUUUCCAACAAACCAUUCCACUAAGGCUUCCUAUAGGAAGAAAGAACCCCCCCCACAUUUGAACAGAAUGCUUAAAGAUCAUCCUUCACAAUCUGAAAUGUGUGCAGCUUUAAUGCUGGCUCCCGUCCAGAGAAACUACAAAGUGGUCUCACUCUACAGUCCCAUUUGUUUUGUUUCUGUAUUCAAUAGUGUACACAUUUCCAAAAGUAUGAAACAAGUGUUUUGACAUACGUUACUGACAUUCACCUUUUAUCAGAGUAUAUCUGUUUGAAAACUGGAUGUGUAGUUACUUCUUGUGGGCUUUGGGAGGCAGCACCUAAUUGAAGCGCAUUCCCAAUUCGUUGCCCAUUGAGUCUGUUUUGGAACUACAAGCACUGUUAGCUCGUGUUCCUCUGACCGUUUUUCUGCACAAACAAAAUUGCUGGCUGGCCACUGUUUUGCUGACUGUCAAAGUCCUGUUUUUUUGACAUUUCUGCUCAGAAUUUAAAUUGGGAGUUGCCUAAAAAGUGCCUUACUGUAUUUUAUCUUGUUUUACAUGGUUCUUUAAUCCUGUUUAGGCCUUCAGGAAGCUCUAGAGAUGAAGCAUUGCCCCCUUAAGUCUUGUCUCAGCAGUUAUGUCAUUAGCCAGGCAGUUUGUGGUGGCGUAUAAAGUCCGACUCAAACAGCACAUCAGAAAUGAACCUGUACUUUCAACAUUUAAAAUCCAUGUUGUCACUUAUUUUGGAUGCUUGGAAGAAAGAAGUACUAUCAUCUUGAUCUCUUCAGUUACACAUGUCAAGAGAAAAUAGAUUAACUCCUUCUCCCUGGGUGGGAACACAAGUGAAGAUUUUGUGUUGUAUUCUUUCAAUUGUUCCCUUUGCUGUUUGGAUAUUUUACAGUUUAUUUUAUUUUAAACGUUUGGAAUUUAAAAAAAACAAACUGUUGAAUUGA